UUUUCCUUCACCAAUACUUCAAGGCACAGAGGAGCUGGUAAAGGCAUUGCCAUGAAACCUAACUUGAAGCAAUGGAAACAACUCAUGCUGUUUGGGAUCUUUGCAUGGGGUCUGCUUUUUCUGGUGAUAUUCAUCUAUUUUACAGAUAGCAACACUGCUGAACCAGUUCCGAGUUCCUUUUCUUACAUUGAAACCAAGAGGCUUCUGCCCCUUCAGGGCAAGCAGAGAGUCAUCAUGGGAGCCAUACAUGAUCCAUCAUUCUCUGAAACCGUCGAUGGGAAUGAGGUACUUCUUAAUGAAAAUCUCUUAGGUACAUUUAAAUCGGGGACUGGAAGUGUUAAGAAAUGGACUGAUUUGGAAGAUGCCUUUAGAAAUGAAGAUGAGUUUUUUCCAUUCCAGAUAGGAAGAAAAUCAAAAAGUGCUUUCUACCAAGUGAAUGACGAUUAUUCAUUUGCUGCUGGUCAGCCUCGGUCACACAACCACCUUCAAGAGAUAACAAAAUUCAUCUCAGCCGAUGAGGAGAAUUCAAAAGUAAAUAUUUUACAGAACAACUGGAGCCAUCAGAGAAGAAUGAGGAGAAGGAGCACAAAGCAUAGGAGAAGCCACAUGCUAGACGAAUCUGAUGACUGGGAUGGGCUAUAUUCCACAAUGUCGAAAUCCUUUCUUUACAAGCUUUGGAAAGGGGAUGUCUCUUCCAAGAUGCUAAACCCUCGACUGCAGAAGGCGAUGAAAGAUUAUCUGAGCGCCAAUAAGCAUGGGGUGCGGUUCAAGGGGAAACGAAACUCCAAGUUGACAGGAGACCAGCUAUUCUGCGAGCUAAAAGAAAGGGUGAAUGUGAAAACAAUAGAUGGCAAGGAGGCUCCCUUCUCCACUCUUGGAUGGGAAAAGCACGUUCCCCAAAUUCCACUGGGCAAAUUGUAUACACAUGGCUUUGGGAGCUGUGCCGUAGUUAUGUCUGCUGGUGCAAUACUGAACUCCUCUCUAGGGGAUGAAAUAGAUUCUCAUGAUGCCGUUCUAAGAUUUAAUUCUGCUCCAACACGUGGCUAUGAAAAAGAUGUUGGAAAUAAAACAACCAUGCGGAUCAUUAAUUCUCAGAUUCUCACCAACCCAAACCACCACUUUGUCGACAGCUCCUUGUACAAAGAUGUUAUCUUAGUAGCCUGGGAUCCUGCCCCCUACUCUGCAAAUCUGAAUGUGUGGUAUAAGAAGCCAGACUACAAUCUGUUCACUCCCUAUGUACAACAUCGCAGGAAGAAUCCAAAGCAGCCGUUUUACAUUCUCCAUCCAAAGUUUAUAUGGCAGCUCUGGGACAUCAUUCAGGAGAACACUAAAGAGAAGAUACAGCCCAACCCUCCUUCUUCAGGUUUUAUUGGUAUACUCAUCAUGAUGUCCAUGUGUAACGAAGUGCACGUGUACGAAUACAUCCCUUCAGUCCGUCAGACCGACCUAUGUCACUACCAUGAACUCUACUACGACGCAGCUUGUACCUUAGGGGCCUACCACCCACUGCUCUACGAGAAGCUUUUGGUGCAGAGGAUGAACAAAGGUUUGCAGGAUGAUCUGUAUCGGAAGGGGAAGGUCAUUUUGCCAGGGUUCAAAGCUGUCAAGUGCCCCGAAGGAAAUAAUUUCUCGCACUUGUAG